AUGGGUGAUCCAGACAAGCCUACUGCCCCUACUUCCUCUUUCCACCCUGCACUCGCUGUCAACAACAUCAGGAAUUUCAUUCCAAUAACGUUGGAAUUGGAGAACGCACAAUACAUAUCAUGGGCUGAAUUAUUCAAGAUACAUGCCACAACAUACGAGGUCAUGGAUCAUAUUCUCGAACCGUCGGAGGAUGCACCCACCUCUCCAUCCAUCGACAAGGCUCUCUGGGCACGCCUUGAUGCCAUAGUUCUUCAAUGGAUUUAUGGUACGAUCUCUAAUGACCUCUUGCACACCAUUCUUGAACCUGGCUCUACGGCAAAACAGGCAUGGGAACGCUUGAAAAACAUCUUUCAAGACAAUAAGAGUUCUCGAGCCGUGGCUCUCGAAAGCCAAUUCUCUCAUGUGGCUCUCUAUAAUUUCCCCAAUGUCACAUCUUACUGUCAGAGGAUUAAAAUGCUCGCUGAUCAACUCAAGAACGUAGGGGCGCCGGUGACUGAGCAACGUCUCGUCCUAUAG